AUGUUCUGUGAAGACGUUUGCCUAGGAAGCACGAAUGGCAUAGAUAAAAUACGGGUCAUUAGCGACACGCUCACUGAGAAGGUUGUAGACCAAAUUAAUGGCAAUCAAGAAUUGGUUAUGCUUACCGGAUUCGCUCGCGAAUCUAACGAGUAUCAGUUCAAAAAGCAUAUGCAAGACAGAAUAUCGGAUGUGGCUUCCUGGCAUUGGGUGCUCGAAGAUCUGGCUAAACGUUUGAAUGAGUCGAUAAACGCAUUGAAAUACGAACACAAUGCUUUGAGGGUGAUUGUGAAAAGAUUGCAGGGAGAAAUCGAUUGCCACUCCAGAGAGGGUUCACGGCCUGGAGCCUUAUACCCGUUGUCUGAUGAGGUUGAAGAAGCAGUAAUUAAGGAAUAUAAGUUUCUCCGUGACCAGAAAAAGACUUUUGAGAAUCUUAUUGAAGAACUUGAUAAACAAACAGCGGUAGUUGAGAAGACGAGGAAGAAGAUAGAGACAGAUGUUUUGAACAAACAACAGGCUUUAACAGUAGAGGAGUCGUGUGUGAGCAAAGAUUACACGACUGCGAUGGUUGGGGUGUGGAAAAGAAGAAAGAAAGCAUAUCCAGUGUCGCGGUGGGAGAAAACAUGCGCAGCACUUAAAAGAUCUGGCCUGAAAGCACUUUAUAAUGCUGUCAUUACUCGACAACAGGUUCGUGGUGCCAGAGUGCGUUUAUCAAUCACUGCUCAAGCGUACGCAUCGAAAGUUGAUGCUAUGCUGAGAAGAAGACUUCAUACAAAUAAAUUGAAACUUCAAGGUCUUAAUUGGCAAAGAGAUGAGGCAGUACGAGACUACAAUUCAUUACGAGACGAGCUGUUAGUAGCUGAGAAGACAGUCAUAGAGACGAUGGAUCAAGAACGAGUGGUAGCUGCGAGACUUGCUGACCGUACCCAAAGACCAGAUAGAGAAUUGACCAAAGAUGAAGUAAACAGGAAACUAAGGGCAGAACAAAAUCAACUCCGGAAUUUUUCUAAAGAAUUGAGAAACAAUAUUUCGGAGAUCACAACAUUACAAAAUAAUAUAACCACAGCAAUAGCUCGCAUAGACUGUUUCGCCGAUGACCUUAUACAAGUGAUAGGUUUGGAUGAAGAUAGGUUUCGUAGUCGUCUCGGAGAGGCACGCCAAAGUGACAAUGUGACCGAUAUUAAUACCACUAACAGUAAUAACAGUUCUACAACAGUCACUGCAGCGCCAUCUAGAAGUACACAGCAAUCUGGUCAGUUGACGGUCAUUCAAGAAGAAAAUGAAGAUGACAACGAAGAUGAUUAUCCAUUUGAAUUCUAA